UCCAAGAUGGCGAUAAACAACACACGUUUGUAGUUUCCUAAAAAUACCCUCAAAAAUGCAAAAAGGAAUAACCUUUAGACCUAUUUAAAGUAACUGAAAUAUAAAUUGGUUUACAAGAUAUCAUUAAGUAGCCACUAUGGAUGAUAUUUCGGUGAAGAAGAAACAGAUAGAGGAGAAGUUGAACCAGGAGAAGAUGACACUGUCAUUUCUAAAAGAAAGUCUAACAAAGAGCGACCAUAUCACUAAAAACAUGCUCAAUAUCCUGGCAUCAUUUGAGAGUCGUAUUCACAAACUGGAAGAUACCAUUGUACCUGUACACAAAGAAACAGUAGAUUUGCAAAGAAGGCAAAGCAAUAUUGACAGGUCUUUGUCGGCAUUAGACCAUGUUAUCAGCUACCAUCACGUAUAUUCUAACACAGAACAUGUCAUCAGAGACGCACCAACUGGUAACCUAGAGGCAUAUAUCAAGAACCUUGAAAGAGUUAUCGAUGCCAUUGAAUUUUUCACUCAGAACAAUCCAAACUGCCUUGAAAUGACUCAUUUGACGUCACUAAGAGAGUGUGGUCGUGAGUCACUGGAAAAGGAAUUCAGGAUGUUACUAAACAGGCACAGUAAACCGGUACCUGGUAAUGUCAUCCUGGAUUGUAUUGGAAAUGAAGAAGGUCAGCUGGGAGAAGAGCUUAAUGUUGAGCAUUUACCAGAAAAGGUCAUUGAAGAUCUCAGCACCAUCUCCAACUGGCUUACAGGACCAGGAAAAACUCACUCCUUGGAUUUCAUGAGCGCAUAUGCACAGAUUAGAUCAAGUACAUUGGUUCGAUCCAUGCAGGGAAUUAAGGAGAUAAGAAUAAUGGAUAGCACACAUUCAAGUGGAAAAUUCAAAGCAAGCUCAGGUGUCAGUACACCAACUAGAAAGGGAAUCAGUAAGAAAAAAGACUUAAGAAGAGUUCCAUCAAAACCAAUGGAAUUCAGCCGUAAAGGUUCCUCCCUACAAACAUCAUUGGCAUUUGACUCCAAGGACGGAAAAGAAGAACACAAAGAUGAAAAAAGUGACAUUGACGCAUCUGGUUAUGUGUUGUCUUGCAAAGCUCUGCUCAAACUCAUAGAGAGUGAGCGUGAACUUAUGAAGCCAGUAAUCCCAGAAGAACACCAGAAUGCCAUCUUUGACAAACUGAUUGAAGCUGCAACUGAUGCAUUCAUGGCAGAAGGAGAGACUAUCAUCAGUACUCUGAAACGGUUCAUCACCAAACACAACUACUCAGCCAUCAUGCAGACCUUUCCGAUACUCAAACAAUUCCGUCAGAUACAGCCUCAUUUUGAUGACAUUGUACAGGACACCACAGCAAAGACGAGAAUGCGCUUCCCAAAUCUUAUCCGCAUCCUGGAGCUGACAUCAUCUCGUGCCUUGGAAGAGUUUGCUGAUGGAAUAAAGCAUGGUCCUGAUAAACACUCAAACAUGCCGAAAGAUGGAACAGUACAUGAGUUAACCAGAAAUACGUUGAUCUUUAUGGACCAGCUUUUGCCAUAUUCAGAGACAGUUGGUCAUGUGUUAGCGACUCAGCAAGAGGACCAAAUGCGUGGUUUCAUUAACAGGGAUAAGGGACAACUAACGAGAAUAACAGCUGAAUAUGUCCAACGUGUUCUUGGUUCUCUUGGACUCAACCUUCAGCUCAAGGCCAAGGUUUAUGAAUCAGUAACUCUGUCAUCUCUCUUUCUCCUCAACAAUUAUCAUUACAUUCUCAAAGCGCUACAAAGGUCAGGUCUUCUUGAACUCCUCAAAGAGGGAGAAAUAACAGACAUAGAUGACCAGUAUCAAAUGUUGGUUGAAGAACAAAAAAACAUGUACGACAAAUGUUGGAGCAAGGUACUCCAUUACCUCUUAGAGAUGGAUAAACCAGGGCCAGCUCCAAAGGGUGCUGAUGCAAAACUGAAAGACAAACAGCGGCAAAUGAUAAAAGAUAAAUUCAAGGGAUUUAAUACAGAGUUUGAUGAGAUUUACCAGAUCCAAAAGACAUAUACAGUACCAGAUGAUCAGCUGCGUGAAGAAAUCAGAAAAAAGAAUUUUGACCUUAUUGUUCCACUUUACAGAUCCUUCCGAGAAAAAUAUGAGGGUGUGCAAUUCACCAAAAACCCAGAAAAAUAUGUGAAAUACUCUCCUGAUGAAGUGGGGAAGUUGAUAAAGAAAUUUUUUGAUGUUUCUGCUUGAACUUUAAAAAUGAUAGAUUUGUUUUGGAAGCUUAACUUAAAAUGGUAAUAACAUAAAUAUGUCAUUUGAAGAGAAUAAUUGUUUUAUUUUUUCCUAAAAUUAUGAGAUAAUGGGUGCAAACUGUGGCAAGCACACAAUUUGUAGGUCCAAAAAAUAUCCAUACCUUGCCUAAUGGAGGGGGAUUGGAUUUUCCAAGGGGUGGGGAGGGUCUAGGAAAUGUAUAUUUGCUAGGGAUUGGAACAACCAAUGGGCAGGUUCUGAGGCUAUUUAGUGUAGUUCCAGAAAAUACCUCUACCUCCACCCUAUGGAGGGGGGUUGGAACACCCAAUAGGUAGGGGCUGAGGGUAUUUUGUGUAGUUUCAGAAAAUAUCCCUACUACACCUUAUAGAAACGGAUUGGAAUUUCCAAGAGUUGGUGAAUGUUUGAGGAAAUGUAUUUUGAAUAAGUUCCAGAAAAUAUCCAUACCUAAUCCCUUAGAGGGGAAGUGGAAUUUCCAAAGGGUGGGGAGUUGACGUUGUGUAGUAUUGGAAAAUGUCUGCCUUAUAAUGGAUAACAUCAUUAUAAUUAAUAAUUUCUUUGCAAAAACCACUGCUUUAUUUUAAGAAUCUUAGUAACAUCAACUCAAUGGGUUUCCUGUGUUUUAUGCUAAUUAUUCCUGGUAGCUCUGACCAACACAUCUGUUCACAGAUGUGCUUAUCGAAAAAUGAUAAAAUAAAUAACUUUAUCAUUUUUUUAAUCAGCACAUCUGUGAGAUAAUAGCGAAAAAGAUUUAUCAUGUAUACUUUUCUUUGACUCUAUAAUUCUCAGAUGUAUUACACUCUGAAACAUUCAAUAGCUCUUAGAAGUUGAGGAAGUCGAUGUCUGUCAAACUUUUGGCUGUGUGUCAAAACUUACUUGUUAGUCUUGUAAAUCAAUAAAAAAUUCUAUUAUCUUAA